CACUGGCCAUUUCUCUACAGACCUGGAAACAGCAGGGCCGAGUGUCUCCUCCAAGUCAUUGAGGCUUGUGGGGCUGGCAGCCUCCUGGAGCAGGGGUUUGGGUAGUCCAGCAACCGAAGUUCGUGUGGAGUUGGGCUGCAGCAGCUGAGCUGAGAAGCACCUCUGGCAGAACAACAACCACUUCUGGCUCCAUUCAGCUGCCCCUGGUUCCCAUGGAGAGCUCAGAUGUGGAACUGGACCUCCAGCGGAGUGUGCAGGCUGUCCUUCGGGAGCUCAGUGCCCAGGGCCCAGCACUACAGAGCAACCAAGGCAUGUGGAGAUGGUCCUUGCACAAGAAGGUGGAGCGAGAUCCCAGUAAGAGCCCAACGCUGGUCCGGAUUCUGCUCAGAGAACUGGAAAAGGCAGAAGGCGAGGACUUCCGGCACGUCAUCAUCCCCUUGCUGCAUACUCUAAUGUACGUGCUCACCAAGGCCACAGGCAUCCCAGAAGAGCUCUACCAGAGGACCUAUGCCUUUUGCACAAGGCUCCUGACCCUGCCCGCCCCCUACUGCACAGUGGCCCUGGACUGCGCCAUCCGGCUGAAAACUGAGAUGACUGUCCCAGGCACGCUGUACCAAAGGCUGGUCAUCGCUGAACAGAACUUGGAGAGUGAGCUGUAUCCCUACCAGGAGAGAGUGUUCCUCUUCGUGGAUCCUGAGCUGGUCUCUCCUUCCGUGUGCAGUGCCCUGCUGCUGGAGCUUGAGGCGGCCCAGGAGCAGCAGACUCCAGAGGCCUGCAUGCGGCACAUCGUCGCCCACGCCCUGGAGGCGGCCCUGGGCCAGGCCUGCUGGGCAGGAGCUCUGCAAAAGAAGCUGCAGAACAGUCCCCGCCAUGCCCUGGUGCGCUAUUUUCACGCGGUGGUGACUGCGGUGGAGCAGACAGCCUGCGAACCCAACCCCAACCGGGAAGGCCUUCUGGAGCAGCUGGAGGAGAUUUACCGUUCAGUGUUAGGGCCGGUGGCAGCCUCCAGGGGGCGCUGCGGAGGUGACCACGUCCAAGAGCGGCCACCAAGCAUCCCUCUGCCCAGUCCAUACAUCACCUUCCACCUGUGGACAGAUAAGGAGCAGCUCUGGAAGGAGCUGGUGCUUUUCCUGCGUCCGAGGUCCCAGCUGCGGCUCAGCGUCGACUUGGAGGCCCUGGACUUGCAGGGCCUUGCCCCCGACCGGCGGCUGGCCCGGGUGUCGGUGCUGUCCACUGACAGUGGCAUCGAGCGGGACCUUCCCACGGGCACUGACGAGCUGCCUGACGCCCCCAGCCCGGAGUUGGAGCGGGUGGGGCUGCAGCGCAAAGGAGGCAUUAAGAAGCGGGCCUGGCCUCCCUACAUCUUGAUGCCCAGCAGCUGGGACGGGCCCCCAGGGCUGCACAGGAGGACAGGCUGGCCCAGUGGGGAUGGGGAGCUGCUGCCAGGAGUCUCGAGGCUACACACCGCCCGGGUGCUGGUGCUGGGGGAUGACCGGAUGCUGGGGCGCCUGGCCCAGGCCUACCACAGCCUCAGGAAACGGGACACCCAGAAGUUCUGCCUCACCCCCAGACUCAGCCUGCAGCUCUACUACAUCCCUGUGAUGGCUCCCAAGAAGCUGGUGGCACCCAUGAAUUCUGAACUGGGAGAGCUGGCUGCGUUCCUGGGCUGUGCAGACCCGUGGUAUGAGAGAACCGUCAACACCCUGUGUCCUGCCAUCCACAAGCUGGCGGAGAUGCCUCCCAACCUGGGCACAUCCCGGACUGUGGAUCCCUUCAUCCUGGAUGUAAUCACUUACUAUGUUCGCAUGGGCACCCAACCCAUCUAUUUCCAGAUCUACACAGUCAAGAUCCUUUUCAGUGACCAGAGCCAAGACCCUACUGAGGACAUUUUUCUGACUGAGCUGAAGGUGAAGAUCCAAGACUCCAAAUUCCCCAAAGAUGGUUCUACACCCAGGAGGAGAGGUGUGGCCGAGGGCCCGGGAGCAGAGCUCUCCAUCUGCUAUCAGAAGGACCUGCUCAGUCACAGAACUCGAGAGGUCACCCUUUCCCUACGGGCCACUGAGUUGGUUCUAAAGACCCUUCCAGCCAAUGACACAGAAGUUCCAGGGUCCACCCACUGCCCCCCGACGGCUGCUCACGUUACAGACCGAACAUGUCUGAAUGUCAGUGUGACUGAGGUUGUCAAGUCCUCCAACCUGGCAGGAAGGUCUUUCUCUACAGUGACAAACAACUUCCGGACAGCCAACAUCCAGAUCCAGAGCCAGGACCAGAGGCUUCUGACCUUGCUGCUGGACAAAGACAGCCAGCGCACCUUCAGGGAUGUUGUCAGACUCGAGGUCACUCCCUGCCCAGAGCCAUGUUCUGGGGCCCAGAAGUCCAAGGCACCAUGGCCUGGUUUACAGAAGGAGGUGGAAAGGACAACAGCCAAGCCCAAACCCCUGCAAAUGCCCAUCAACACAUUCUCCGGCAUCAUCCAGUGAGGACAGAAGGGACAGCAGAAGAGCAGAGCCUAUGGGCAGCAGGCCCAAAAGGAAGGAUACACUACCCCCACCACCCCCAAACACUCACACUGACUGCUAGAGUGAGCCCCCUCCCCAGAGACUACUACCUAAACUGGGAGCCAGCAGGUUGCCGUGGGGCACAGGUGCUAAGCAGGGUGAUGGAACAGGGUUAUACAGGAAGGCCAAAGGAUGGCCCUGGCAAAGCUGUAUACACACAUGCCAGCUACUUUCACAGAUGUCCACUCUUUGUUUUUAACCUCUGAUUCCCACCUCCCCAAUUCAAGCUCCCUGCCUGGAUCUUAAAACCAAGAGCUGCUGUUUGGGCCAGGAUCCUGUGGCCUGGAAGGAAAGGGAAUGCAGGUAAUGACAGCUGCACCUUCUCCCUUCAGAGUCUGGCUCUCUCCCUGUCUCAGGCCAUUGUCCACCCAGGGCUAGGCAGGUUUCACUCCAGGUUAAAAGGUAAAUGUCAGAGUCAAUAAAUGCACACUAAAGUCAUUCUGCUUUCA